GGCUUUACCACCUCUCAGUGAGAGAAUUGAGAGCUCUGUAAAUACAUAGGUGACAGGUAAGGGAGAUGAGUAGCAAGCAGACAGGUAGGGAGUAAAGGUGAACGUCAGUACAGACUUUCACAGUCAGCAGAGCAGAACGAGGAAAACAAGUCUGAGGCAGUGUUACUGGUUUACCUUUCCGACUCCAGAAGAUGAAGGAAGAGGAGGAAGAGGAUGACGGAGUCUCCAGCUGUGUGUCUAUGAAGAGUGACCGGUCCAUUGAGCGUCCUCCACUCUUCAGUAAUGAACCUGGACCCUCAGACACAAAACAUCAGAACCACAGACAGAGAGCAGAGUCUGUAAUAUCCAGCUGUGUGUCUAUGAAGAGUGACCGGUCCAUUGAGCAUCCUCUAGUCUUCAGUAAUGAACCUGGACCCUCAGACACAAAUGUUACUGGUUUACCUCUCAGUCUCCAGAAGAUGAAGAAAGAGGAGGAAGAGGAUGACGGAGUCUCCAGCUGUGUGUCUAUGAAGAGUUACCGGUCUAAAGAUGAUGUUCCAGAGUUCAGUAAUGAACCUGGACCCUCAGACUCAAAACAUCUGAACCACAGACAGAGAGCAGAGUCUGUAAUAUCCAGCUGUGUGUCUAUGAAGAGUGACCAGUCUAAAGAGCAUCCUCUAGUCUUCAGUAAUGAACCUGGACCCUCAGACACAAAUGUUACUGGUUUACCUCUCAGACUCCAGAAGAUGAAGGAAGAGGAGGAAGAGGAGGACGGAGUAUCCAGCUGUGUGUCUAUGAAGAGUUACCGGUCUAAAGAUGAUGUUCCAGACUUCAGUAAUGAACCUGGACCCUCAGACACAAAAGAGAGGAAGGGGAGGGCUGUUUCUGUGGAGGAGCAGCUGUCCUGCUGUUCUUUGUGUCAGGACAUCCUGAAGGAUCCAGUCUCUACCAGCUGUGGACACUGGUUCUGCAGACAAUGCAUCGCCUCAUACUGGGACCAGUCUGCUUCAUCAGGAGACUCCUCAUGUCUCCAGUGUGGAAAAAGAUCCAGAACCAGAUCUGGACUGCAGACAGACAGUCAGACCAGCACUGUACAAACAGAAAGUGGUCUGCUGGAGCUUUUAGAUGAACAUCAGAACAGUCUGAGUACAAGAUGUGAAUGUGUGACUCAAGGAACUGAUGAAGCAGGAAGUGAAAUCCAACUCAACAGCAUCUUCACUGAGCUUCACAUCACAGAGGGACUGAGUGAAGAGGGUAAUACCCAACAUGAGAUGAGGCAGCUUGAAACAGCUUCCAAGAUGGAGACCCUCCAUGACGCUCCAGUCAAGUGUCAGGACAUCUUUAAAGUCUUACCUGACCAACAGAAACACAUCAGAGCCGUUCUGACUAAUGGCGUCGCUGGCGUUGGAAAAACCUUCUCAGUGCAGAAGUUCACUCUGGACUGGGCACAGCGCUCCGAAAACCAAGAUAUCAGUCUGCUGAUUCUGUUCUCGUUCAGGGCACUGAACUUGAUCAAAGAUGAGCAGUACAGUCUGAUCAUGCUGAUCCAUGUUUUCUAUCCAACUUUACAGAAGCUCACAGCAGAGAAGCUCGCUGUCUGUAAAGUUCUGUUCAUCUUUGACGGCCUGGAUGAAAGCAGACUUUCACUGGAUUUCAACACCAGUGAAGUCGUGACUGAUGUCACACAGAAGACAUCAGUCAGCGUGCUGUUGACAAACCUCAUCAAGGGGAAUCUGCUUCCCUUGGCUCUCAUCUGGAUAACUUCCCGACCUGCAGCAGCCAAUCAGAUCCCUCCUUCAUGUGUGGACAGGGUAACAGAAGUACGAGGCUUCACUGAUGCCCAGAAGGAGGAGUACUUCAGGAGGAGAUUCAGUGAUGAAGAGCAGUCCAGCACAAUCAUCUCACACAUCAAGACAUCGAGGAGCCUCCACAUCAUGUGUCACAUCCCAGUCUUCUGCUGGAUCACUGCUACAGUUCUGGACCACAUGUUGACUACAGACCAGAGAGGAGAGCUGCCCAAGACCCUGACUGACAUGUACUCACACUUCCUGCUGGUUCAGACAAAGAGGAAGAAGAACAAGUAUGAUGGGGGACACGAGACGAGUCCACAGGAGCUGACAGAGGCUGACAGGAAACUUCUUCUGAAGCUGGGGAAGGUGGCUUUUGAACAACUGCAGGAAGGAAACAUCAUGUUCUACCAAGAAGACCUGAAGCAGUGUGGUCUUGAUGUCACAGAGGCUGCAGUGUUAUCAGGAUUUUGUACACAGAUCUUCAAAACAGAGAAUGUGAUCUUCCAGAAAACAGUCUACAGCUUUGUUCAUCUGAGCGUUCAGGAGUUUCUGGCUGCAGUCUACAUGUACCACUGUUACACCAGCAGAAACACAAAGGUACUGAAGGACUUCCUGGGAGAAGACUACAUUUACUCAUCUCUGGAUGACUUCCUGAAGAGAGCUAUGGAGAAAUCUCUCCAAAAUAAAAAUGGCCACCUGGAUCUGUUUGUCCGCUUCCUUCAUGGCCUCUCUCUAGAGUCCAACCAGAGUGUCUUAGGAGGCCUGCUGGGUCAGACAGACAACAGUCCAAAAACCAUCCAGAGAGUCACCAACAAUCUGAAGGAGAUGAACAGUGAGUUUAUCUCUCCUGACAGAAGCAUCAACAAAUUUCACUGUCUGAUGGAGAUGAACGACCGCUCAGUGCAUCAGGAGAUCCAAGAGUUCCUGAAGUCAGAGAACAGAUCAGAGAAGGAACUCUCUGUGAUCCACUGCUCAGCUCUGGCCUACAUGCUGCAGAUGUCAGAGGAGGUUCUGGAUGAGUUGGACCUGGAGAAGUACAACACAUCAGUGGAGGGACGACAGAGACUGAUCCCAGCUGUGAGGAACUGCAGAAAGGCUCGACUUCCUCGCUGUUAUCUGACAAAGACUCACUAUGGAGUUUUGGCCUCAGCUCUGAAGGCCAACCCCCAUCUGACAGAUCUGGACCUGAGCUACAACUACCUGAAUGAUUCAGACAUGAAGCUUCUGUGUGCUGGACUGGAGAGUCCAAACUGUAAACUGGAGACUUUGAGAUUGUAUCGCUGCAGUUUGUCAGAGACAAGCUGUGUUUCUCUGGCCUCAGCUCUGAAGUCCAACCCCUCCCAUCUGAGAGAGCUGGAUCUGAGUAACAACAAGCUAAAGGAUUCAGAUGUGAAGCUACUGUCUGAUCUUAAGGAGAGUCAAGACUGUAGACUGGAGACUCUGAGAUUGGAGGACUGCAGUACGUCAGAGACCUGUGCUUCUCUGGUCUCAGCUCUGAAGUCCAACCCCUCCCAUCUGAGAGAGCUGGAUCUGCGAUACAACGAGCUGCAGGAUUCAGACGUGGAGCUGCUCUCUGAUCUUCUGAAGAGUCCAGACUGUACACUGGAGGGUCUGAUAUUGAGUCACUGCAAUUUGUCAGAGACCAGCUGUGCUUCUCUGGUCUCAGCUCUGAAGUCCAACCCCUCCCAUCUGAGACAUCUGGAUCUGAGUAAAAACAAGCUGCAGGAUUCAGACGUGGAGCUGCUGUGUGAUCUUCUGAAGAGUCCGGACUGUAGACUGAAGGAUCUGAGAUUGAGGGACUGCAGUUUGCCAGAGACCAGCUGUGCUUCUCUGGUCUCAGCUCUGAAGUCCAACCCCUCCCAUCUGAGAGAUCUGAAUCUAAGUAACAACAAGCUGCAGGAUUCAGACGUGGAGUUUCUGUGUGAUCUUCUGAAGAGUCUAGACUGUAGACUGGAGAGUCUGAGAUUGAGGAGCUGCAGUUUGUCACAGACCAGCUGUGCUUCUCUGGUCUCAGCUCUGAAGUCCAACCCCUCCCAUCUGAGAGUGCUGACUCUGAGCUACAACAAGCUGCAGGAUUCAGACGUGGAGCUGCUAUGUGAUCUUCUGAAGAGUCCACACUUUAGACUGGAGAGUCUGAGUUUGUUUGGCUGCAAUUUGUCAGAGAUCAGCUGUGCUUCUCUGGCUGCAGCUCUCAAGUCCAACCCCUCCCAUCUGAGAGAACUGGAUCUGACUGAAAACAACCUGAAGCAUUCGGAUGUGAAGCUGCUGUCUGAUCUUAAGAAGAGUCCACGCUGCAGACUGGAGUUUCUGAGCUGGUGAUGAUCUCUGUCAGAGUGAGAGUGAACAUCCAGGAGUGUUGAGAGAGGAUCAGCUGGAUCCUGAUGAUCCAUCUGGAGUCUGGAUCUGGAUUUUGUUGUCUUCACUUAAGUCUCUUAACUGACUACAAACUGAACAGUUAUCUCUAUUUAGCUGAAGUCAGCACUUUACAGAUUUGUUCUACAUGAGCUGUUUGAUGUAGAUAAAGAUAAAACAGGUGUUAUAAGUCAGACUCUGAGCCUGGGCUCAUAUUUAUCAAGCGUCUCAGAAUCACACUUAGAGUUAACGAGGACUAAAACUAAUGAAUGAAGCAGAAGAGAAUUGACUGUGACUUUCAGCAGGAGAAGGAUUACUGCUGGGAGAGAGUGAGACGUCUCUGUUUUACCACAUUCAGAGCAGCAAAGUAGAAUUAAUGAUGACGUGUGGUAGUUUUCUCAGUCUCAGCUGUAAAUAUUAAACAGUGGUAAUUUGGUAUAUUAUGUGUAUAGACAGGUAACCAGACAGGUAACUUACCAAGGUUAUGGCCAAAAUUAAUUCUAAGAUGAUAUUUACAAACUGUAAAGAAAGCCUGAGAAAUAAAUGCAUGAAGAACAUCUUCUCUUCCACUGUUGAGUUCCUCUUUCAGCUACACCCCAAGUUAACUUCUGUUCUCUACAUGAAGGUAAACACACUGUAAAAAUAUAAACAGAUAUUGUUCAGUUGCAUCCUCCUCUCAAAUAUCAGGCUGUAGCUCUGCUGUUAUUUGAAGCCGCCGAAAUAAUAAAUAAGCCUAUACAAUAUUUGAGAUGUUGUAAUCAAGUUGAGCUAUCCUUCAUUAUGCAACUGUCAUGAUCAGAGGCUGAUUUAAUGAUUUUGGGCCUCUAUACAAACUCAGUCAUGGGUUCUCCUUUACACUUUCUUUCACCCUUUCUCUAACUGAGAGUGUUGGUGUUGGUGGUGGAAGACAAACAUACUUCAACAAUAAAGCUUGCCUGAUUGCACAAAGCAACUAAAACACAAUGUCAGGUUAAUAAAUCUGACAUGGCACCCUCCCCUCACACACAAUCUGAAUGAAACUGGGCUGAUCAAAGAAUUUAGUGUAGUGACACGAGCAUUCAAAAAAAAUAGAGACAUAAAAUAAUAAAAUAAAAUAGAAAAAUAAAUUCUCUUCGGCUUCAAUAUAAGUGAUCACACAAAUAGAUUCCAACAAUACAAAUGAAAAUAUCACAACUCAAAACCUGUAAUGUCUCUUUUCAAUCAGUCUCUUUUCAGUGUUUAUCAAAAGUAAAUCCUUUGUUCUUGGAUAAUGAACAGUCAAUCCUCUCCACAAAUUGUGGUGAUCCACAAUUUGGUAUUUCUUAGUCCAGGAGGAUAAGAAAAAAAAUACUCCCAGCAAAGGAAACAAAAUUUGGGUACCCAAACAAAAAAUACUAUAGAGCUCUAUAGAAAGAAAUAGUUUCUGAUACUCAAGUGAUCCAUGAGCAAAGCUGGGUGAUGGCUGGUGACAAGUUCUGCGAAACAGCGGUCUCUGUCUGGCUCCGGUCCACCCACGCUAGCAGGAAAACCAAAUAAGAAGUGGUGACUUGAUGUGAAAGAUGAAUAGUAGAGACUGGCUACAGCUCGGCCAUGUCUUCUCCCCUCUCAGCAUUAUUCAGUUGCAAACCCGCGAACUCUCCUGCUCUGAGGUCACUGCUCUACAGCCGUAAAGCAGAGCUUACUGUUGCUACUCUUAAAGAGACAUUGACACCAGGCGGGGAGUUCCAGUCCUCUGAAAUGAGGCCAACGCGGAAGUAACUUAAAACUGCAUUCUAUCAAAAGGCCCCCAGGGGGCGACCGUUUUGGUGUCAAAAGGACUUCCAUCUCUAUACAAGUCAAUGGAGAAUUCACCAACUUCUCACUUGAUUUAUAACCCCAGUAAACGUUUUCUAAAUGUGUUUAUGGUCUCAAUCGCUAGUUUAAAGCCUUCUUCAAUGCAGUAUGAUGUUCAUUUGGGAAAUUUUGGCCUCCCUGAUUUUAUAUUUGACGAUAAAGCAGGGUAUGCAUUAGGGCGUGGCUACAUCGUGAUUGACAGGUUGAUUAGUUCACAGGUUCAGGAGGGCGCCUCUUGCUCCUCUUGAUGCCCAUAUAAGUACAAUCCUUGUUUUUUUUUUACCCGGCAUGCACCAGAUCCGAAACUAUUCGCUUCCAAGCAGCAGUCGACAAACCAAUGGGUGACGUCACGGAUGUUACGUCCAUUUUAUAUACAGUCUAUGAUUGACACUGAAUAACAAACUGGCUGGAUAACCACUGGGUUACACUUUAUAAACACAUUUUACUGACUUACUUACUUACCUGAAUUAUUCAAUAAAUUAAGCUAUGUUUGGCAUUAGUACAGCUUGUUUUUCUCUAACUUUACACUGAGUGGAGGGAAAUGAAUUAGUGUUGAUUAUCAGCACAGAUAAAUAUGGACCCUGCUCUUUGCUGUCAGCGCUCUGAUCAGCCCGUUUGAUAAGUCUUUAUCUUCCUUUAAAUCACUUUUUAAAACUAAUUUUUAUAUACUGAUCUACCAAUUAUUUAGUUUUAUAUGCUUUACAUCUUAAAUUUGAUUCUUCUGUGUGUUUUGCUGGUUUAUUUUCUUGCUAUGUGUUUGUUAGUUUUGUGUAAAACAUUGUGUAACGUUGCUUUGUGAAGUUUUAUACACAUCUGAAGGGAAGGUGAUGGGAUGAUGGUGAUACUAA